CAUGACAGUUCUUUGUUCGAUGAAAAAAAUUCUUUUUCAAAGAUGAUCAUAUCAUGUUUUACAUCAAGAAAAAGGGAUUGAAGAAACUGAGUUCCAUGGAAUGCUAGAACUCAACUUUCUCUUGGCAACAUGUUCAUAUAUAUGAGGUCUCAUCAAAAGAGUAAGUGAAGUAUUUUUGUCCUCAAAGCUGUGUUCUAAACAAGUUUGAUCAUGACAGACAUAUUUGAAAACCAACCAUCACCUGAUUCUUCAAAUUAUGCAUCAAGCAGUGGCUUCUCUGUGGACGACAAGGAGAUUGGAUCAAAACAUAUAUAUCUUUUGGCCAACAAAUCUGCUAUUCACUUCUUUUCCAUCAAAAUUGACCUGAAUUAUGCUCGCAUGGUAAUGGCAGAGUUGGUGGGUACUUUUAUUUUGAUGUUCUGUAUAUGUGGAAUCAGUGGAAGCACAGAAUUCCAAAAGGGUGCAGUGGGCCUUGCGGAGUAUGCAGCUACAGCAGGGUUAACAGUGGUGGUGAUAAUUUUCUCUAUAGGGCCAAUAUCUUGUGCGCACGUUAACCCAGCUGUCACAAUAGCCUUUGCCACAAUGGGUCAAUUUCCAUGGUUGAAGGUUCCAGUUUACAUAAUAGCACAGACAGUAGGUUCUAUGUCGGCAACAUACAUAGGUAGCCUUGUAUACGGCAUAAAAUUAGAUGCUAUCAUGACCAUGCCACUCCAAGGGUGCAUCUCUGCCUUCUGGGUGGAGCUUAUUGCAACUUUCAUCAUCAUGUUCCUCGUUGCAGCUUUGACAUCUGAAUCUCAAUCAGUGGGCCAUUUAUCUGGCUUUGUUGCUGGUGUAGGAAUUGGGCUUGGUGUGCUAAUCACAGGACCAGUCUCAGGUGGAUCAAUGAAUCCUGCAAGAUCAUUAGGUCCGGCAAUUCUCUCAUGGAAGUUUAAGAACAUAUGGAUAUACAUGGUAGCCCCCAGUACUGGAGCUGUGGCAGGAGCUGCAAUGUUUCGUUUCCUACGCAUUCGAGACCAACAUUCUACUACUUUGUUCUCCCCAAACAUUAGUGACACUGGUCGUCCUAUACCCUUUUGCUCAAGUUAGUGUACCAACAUGAAUUACUGUUUUAGACCAAACUAAAGAAACUGAGAAACUGCAGAAUCGGUUUACCAGUUGAAUUCAUAGUUGUUCUUUUUUUUUUCUCUAGGAAGAAAUGAGGCCAUGAUUUUGCUGGUAGAGAAAAUUUGGAGUUUGUUCUGUCAAAGAAUAGGAAGGGUUCAGACAAAGAUAUGUUUUAGAAAGAAAAAUAUCAGAUGAUGCAAAGAAUAGUGUGGUUACAAAAUAUUUCAU